AUGGAAUAUGGUUACAAGGCAAGAGUGCAGCAACAAUGGAGGUUGAAUUUGGUGAUGAAGGAAGUAGUACGAAAAGAAGUCAUCAAGUGGCUUGAUGCUGGGAUUGUCUACCCUAUUUCUAACAGCAAGUGGGUCAUCCCUAUGCAUUGCAUCCCAAAGAAAAGUGGGAUAAAUGUGGUGACUAAUGAAGCUAAUGAGAUGAUUCCCAUUUGCAUGGAAACAGGCACUAAGGUAAUUGUUCACACAGACCAUGCUGCCAUCAAAUACUUGUUCAACAAAAAAGUUGCAAAUCCUCGGUUGAUUAGGUGGAUUCUAUUGCUUCAAGAAUUUGACCUAGAGGUGCAUGAUCGAAAAGGAGCAGAGAAUCAAGCAGCAGACUAUUUGUCCAGUCUAGAGAAUCAUGACCAUAUUGUUGAUGAUACACUAUGCAUUUGGGAAGAGUUUCUGGAUGAGAAAUUGUUGGCUCUAGAUGUAUGUGAAUUUUCUUGGUAUGCAGACACCUUGAAUUUAUUAGUGUGUGGUGUGUACCUUCUAGAAGCCACCGUUCAACAGAUAAAGAAGCUACUAUAUUAUUCACGUGCAAACAUAUGGGAUGACCCCUUUCUGUUCAAACAAGGUCCUGAUGGAAUUGUGCGUAGAUAUAUGUCAAAAACUUAA